AUCAGCUCAACAUAAACAAUAACAUUGUCAAACACAUGCGUGUGCGACCAAAUUUCUGUUGGCGCAGUUCAUUUCAUCUGUAAAGAUGCCUAAGCAAACCAUUCUCAAAGAGUUAGCCAAAUGCAAACAUCCUAAGAGUAGAAAAACACUAGCUCUUACCCGUAAGGUCAAAAAAAUCAACAACCGAGAGAAAACAAAACUGGGACAUGCAGCAAAGGCCAAUAUUGUCGGUAAAAAGCUGGCAUGGUUUGCGGAACGGCUCCUGGAACGCGAGGACCCGCUGAUGCCGGCUGAGUAUGAAGCGCUGGUGGAUGAGUACCUGCAGCGGUUCGAUCAAGAGCUGGAACAAAUCAAAAUCGUACAAUCCAUCGGCAAGCAUCGCGCGACGCAACACGCUGCACGCGAAGCAGUGAUCAAAACUACGAUCGAAACGGAAAAGCUUAACUUCAACACCGGAGGCGGCAUCGAGCUGCCCGAUCUGUGCGAUGCGGUUAACUUUAAACUGUUUCAAGAGUGGGACGGCAGUGCAGCGAGCAUACAGCAUUUGAAGCUUAAGUUCAUUUCGAGAAAAUCGCUCAAAACAAGCGCCGCCAAGAAGGAGGCUGAGGUAGAGAAAAUGAUGGAAUAACACGAUUCAGGU